AUGUUGAAAACUAACACAGAAAUGAAAAACGAACUCAUUGAGCAGGAUGAGAAUACUCCUUGCCUUUUAAAAUCAUUCAAGGGCCAUAAGGAUAAGAUCACACAAGUUAUUUUCAACCCUAAUCUCAAGCAAGUAGUAUCGGCCUCUACAGAUGGCAUGAUUAUGACAUGGAGUCUAAGGCCUAAUUCAAGACCUUAAAAAUUCUUGGGACACAAAGGCGCUGUAUACGAUGUGGCUAUAAGUCCAACAGGUACUCACCUAGCUUCGGCUUCAAAAGAUAGCACUGUCAGACUUUGGAACAAUAAUGCUGAGGCAUUUUCUUAUAUUUUGAAGGGUCAUUCAGCUCCAGUUAAAAGUAUUCAAUUCAACUGUGACGGUUCCUUGCUCCUAUCUGCUUCAGAUGAUAAGACUGUUAAGAUUUGGUAAGUUGCAGACAAGAAAUUCAGCUCUACUUUAAAGGGCCACACUAACUGGGUUAGAAAGGCUUAGUUUUCUUUCGACUCAAGAUUGAUUGCAUCUGCGAGUGACGAUAAGACUGUAAAACUUUGGGAUGUCAAUUAAAAUGCUUCUCUUAUUCAUUCAUUCAAUGACCAUACUGGCAUGGUUUCAGAUGUAAAAUUUCAUCCAGAUGGUACUUGCUUGGCUUCUUGUGGAUCUGAUAAGAAAAUCAAGAUAUUCGAUGUGAGAUCACACAGGUUAUUGUAGCACUACGAUGCUCACAAUGAUUUAAUUAAUUCAAUAGCAUUCCACCCAAGUGGUCAAUAUCUACUAUCUACUUCUAAUGAUGGAAAUCUAAAGAUAUGGGAUCUAAGAAAAGGUCAUAUUCUAUAUACUUUGAUAGGCCAUGAAGGUGCAACUUCAAGCGGUACUUUUUCACAAGCAGGAGAUUUCUUUGUAACUGGAGGUAAAGAUGCUGUGAUACAGGUUUGGAAAUCAGGCCUCAACCCUCUCUAAACGGAGAUACUUUAUGGCUUAUAAGGCAAAGUAACCACUGAAGUAUUCGUGACUGAUAAAGAAAAGUUCGACAAAAUUCCAACUGAAGAUAAAACAAAAGAAAAUAACUCUAGGCUAGGCAAUAAAAAGAGAACCUAGACUUAUUCACCAUCAAAAUCAAUAGCAGCAUAAAAAAGAGAAUAAGCAUUGGCAGCUUAACUGAAGCCCUAACCAGAAAUUAGUAAAGCUCAAACUUACAAUUCCUUAAAGCCAGAGGUAAAGGAAACACUACACAAAAUAGUAUCUGAGAUUGAGUUGGUAAACUAAACUCUUAUGCUUUUAACUCAGAGAAUUGCUUUGAGCGAGGAUAAAAUGUUUGAAGUCUUGAACUAUAUCAAAGACAAUGAUCUAUCAUUCAAACCAUAAUUCAUUGAGCCAGUUACCACAAUUCAUCCAAAUGACGUUCAGCCAAGUCCGGGUUAGAAGCUCAACUAUAGUUCUGAUAGAAAUGGAACAACAAAAAAUUACUAGUAUGAGGAUUUGAAUAGCGUUUCAAAAAAUCUCAAUCAAAUUACGAGCAACAUCCAAAAUAUGAACUUAAAUCUAGAUUAAAUGGCCAAUUAAUAAAUUAGAAUUGCAGAGGGAUUGUAACAAAAUGUGGGUGGCGAAGAUUUUUUCAGAAGCACCAAUGUCUUCGCAUCAUCGAACAUGCUUAAUGACUAUUAAUGA